UUAGGGGCUGGCACUGUGGUGCAGCAGGUUAAUGCCCUGGCCUGAAGCGCUGGCAUCCCAUAUGGGUGCCGGUUCUAGUCCCGGCUGCUCCUCUUCCAAUCCAGCUCUGCUAUGGCCCGGGAAAGCAGUAGAAGAUGGCCCAAGUCCUUGGGCCCCUGCACCCAUGUGACAGACCCACAAAAAGCUCCUGGCUCCUUGCUUCAGAUCGGCACAGCUCUGGCUGUUGCGGCCAUCUGGGUAGUGAACCAGUGGAUAAAAGACCUCUCUCUCUGUCUCUACCUCUCUCUUUAACUCUGCCUGUCAAAUAGAUAAAAUAACUUUUAAAAAAGUUAUUUAUUUGAGAGGCAGAGUUAGAGGAAUAAACAGAAAGGUGUCUUCCAUCCAUUGGUUGACUCCCCAGAUGACUGCAACAGCCAGGGGUGGGCCAGGAUGAAGCCAGGAGCCAGGAGUUUCGUCCAGGUCUCCCAUGUGGGUGCAGGGGCCCAAGUACUUGGGCCAUCCUCUGCUGCUUUCCCAGGCCAUAGCAAAGAGGUGAAGCAGAAGAGAAGCUGGGACACAAUCUGGCACCCGUAUGGGGUGCUGGCACCACAGGCAGAGUCAUAACCUACUACAACACAGUGCCGCCCCAUCCCUGUGUUUCUUAAUCAGCUCCUCAUCCUGCAUCUCCCUUCCACUUCUGUGCGUGGAUGGGAUGCAUCCUAGGGGGCUGGAUCUCUACAAGGUACUCUUGCAGGAGUAACUUAGUUGUACCACUGUGCUGUCUCAGAAGCAGAAAAACAAGGUUACUCCUGGUCCAAGGAGCUACUCUGCUUGUGCUUUAGUUCUUUUCUCUCUGUGACACAAAGUAUGUCUUGUUUCUCCACUGGGAUUGGGGGAAGACCCAGGGAUCCAGCUAUGGGUACCCACAGAGAGCCCUGUGUACUUGAGGAAGAAGCAGGGCUGUGGUGAGCAUUGGGAGUGGGGGGCAUAGAAUACAAACCUCAGUGAUGGGGCCUGGUGUUGUGAUGCAGUGGGUUAAGCUGCCGGAUACCCACAUCCCAUACUGGAGUCCUGGGAUGGAGUCAGCUCCCUGCUCAGGCACACCCUUGGAGGCAGCCGGUGGAGGCUGAAGUACUUGGGCCCCUGCCACCUACGUGGGAGACCUGGAUUGAGUUCCCAGUUCCUAGCUUCAGCCUCGGUCCUGACUGUUGCAGGCAUUUAGGGGAUGAAGCAGUGUACGGAAGCUCGCUUACUCACUCUGCCUUUUGAAUACAUAAAUACACAUUAGGAGAAAAAAUUUUGAUUCUGUCUAUGCCCAGCUUCUGCAGUAGAUAUCUGGUACCUUUCAUUUUUUGUGUGUGUGUGUAUUGGCUAUUUCUAGCAUUUGUAUUAAUUCUGUACUUGUUUUAUUUAGAUUACAUGAAAAUCCAUUGUCCAUUUUUUAAAAAGAGUUAGCAAAAACAAUGUAGACCAUGUGUAACUAUGUAGAUUAAUAUACACUAAUGACAUCUUUUCUCAUUUUCCUUCUAUAACUACUAGGUAAAUAAAUUUUUAAAAAAGAAUUAUUUAUUUGAAAGGUAGAGUGACAGAUCUUCCAUCUUCUGAUUCAUGUCCCAAAUGACUGCAACAGCCAGGUCUGAUCCAGGCUGAAGCCAGGGACUCAAAGCACUUGAGCCAUCCUCUGCUGCCUUCCCAGGUGCAUUAGUAGGAAGCUGGAUCAGAAGUAGAGUAACUGGGGCUUGAACUGGCACCCUGAUAGGGGAUGCCAGCAUUGCAAGUGGUAGCUUAACCCACUGUGCCACAACGCCAGCCCAAUAUUAGGUUAAUUAGACAUAGAUGGUGGUCAAUAAUGGUUGAAUUAAUAAAAACUUAAGAAGCAUAAUUGUGGAGUAUGCUGCAUUACAGGAUUUUGGUGAAGGCAGACAAGAAGUGAAAGCAGUUUCCGCAUCCUUUAACGCACGCGAGAAUCAUCAGGGCCUUGUUCAAGCGCAGCGCUGGCUGUCCGGCAGCAGUACCCGAGGUUGUGCUUUCUAGUCAGUUCCCAGGUGAUUCCCCUGCUGCUGGGCUGUGGGCCUCAUUUUGGAUAGCAACGAUGUAAAAGCCCUUGACUUACUGCCCACUGUGCAGUUGAGUACUUGAUAAAUGUUACUAAUUGGCAGCAAAUUUUUAAAAGGAUUUAUUUAUUUAAAAAGGCAACAGAGGGGGAGAGAGAUUUUCCAUCUGCUAGUUUACUCCCCAAAUGGCCGCAACAGCCAGGUCAGCCAUGCUGAGGCCAGGAGCCAAAACUCCAUCCAGGUCUCCCACAUGGGUGGCAGGGACCCAAGUACUUAGGCUGUCUUCCACUGCCUUCCCAGGGAAGCUGGAUCAGAAGCAGAAUAACUGGGUCUCUAAUUGUCCCUAAGUUAUAGGAUGCUGGAGCUGCAGGCAGUGCCUUAACCUGCUGCACCACAACGCCAGCCCCAACACCAGGUAACUUACAAGAGCCAAACAUCUCCCCCGUUGUGUCUGAAAGCUUCUGUUUUUAUUGUGUAACAUCUGUUUAGAAGUUGAUGUUUCUGAGAGGAUUAAUGAGAACUGGUGAAUCAGAAUGCCGCCUUCCCAGUUCUGUCAGGAACCAGCACCAAAGGAUGUGAAAGCUGUUGCUGCUUUUCCUGGCCAGCUGCAUGGAAGUGUAAUUUAUAUGCAAUAAAAUUGAUCCACUUUAAGUGUACAGUUUCCUUCAGUUUUGUGUCAAAAGCAGAUUGUGAUGCAAAACCCAUCCCUUCCUCUCUACCCCAAGAGUAGUUUGAUAGAUCUUGAGAUCCUAGCUAGCUUGGAUAUAUAUUUUAUACCUUGUUAAUUUAGGGUGACACACUGGUUUCAUUUUGCCCUGAACUUUCCUGGCUUCAACACUCAAAUUCCCACCACAGGACAAAGGCAGGUGAGCAAGGUUGGUUGUCAUAGCUGUGACACUCAAGCCUGAGGUUGCCAUCUUUCUUUAUUUGAAUGGCAGAGUGGCAGGAGAAAGAGAGGGAAUCUUUUAUCUACUGAUUCACUCCCCAAAUGGCCACAACAGCCAAGGCUGGGCCAGGCUGAAGCCAGGAACCCAGAACUGCAUCCUUGGGUGGCUGGGGCCCAAGUAUUGGGUCAUCUUCUGUUACCUUCCCAGGUGCAUUAGCAGGAAAGUGGAUCAGAAGUGGAGUAGCUAUGAUACUGUCCCUGCCAUCUCUCUCUCUCUCUCUCUCUCUUUCUCUCUCUCUCUUUUUUUUUUUUUUUAAUAGUCACUUCCCAUGAGAGUAGCACAUGGUAGGCACUCAGGUUAGUGAGUGAAUGGACACACAGGUAAGCCUCUUGUGCCUGUAGAUUCCUGGCCAGAGAGCACAAGAGCUCUGCUAGGAUUGCAGUGGCACAGUGGCAUGGCCCUGGGGAAGUGGGUUUCUCACUGAGUGUUUCUCGCAUGGGAAAACCGUGGAACUUCGGUUACUUCUGCUUCUGACACUGUAGCAGUGCCCCACCUAUACACGGGACUGUGUUUUGAUGUCACUUCAACUUAGCUUUCUCUUUCUCUCUUGCUUUGCCUUCUUUCCCCUCCUUCAAAUAGAGCAGAUCAAUAAAUUACGUAAGGGUGGGUUGAUAAUGGAACUGCUGAUGGGCCCGGCUUAUGCAGAGUGCUUCUGUGAGAGCAAUAGAGUUUGGACCUUGGACCAAGCAGCCGUGGCUAGCAGAGGAGACUCGAGCCUCCAGUUUCAGUUAAGCGUCUGUAAUCACCUCAUUUGCUCCCUGUGCAUGCCUGCUAUAGAGGAUGAUGGGCAGCGGGGGCCUGCUGCUUAGGGAUUUUCCUGGGUGGAUGAGGGGUAGUCUGGAAAAAUAUGACUUUAUAAGGAGCUCUUUAACUAUCAGAGGGAGCCUGUUCCUGCUGGGCUAAUGUCCAGGAAAUAGCAUCUCAGGGUCUAUUCAGUAGCUUCGUGCUGAAGGCUUAAAAUUAGAAACCCCAGCACUGGGGCUGCAACCCAUGUCAGGCUCAGGGUCAGGAAGCUGCACUGUGCUCUGGUUGUGCCAUGGACUAGCUGUGGCGCUGUGGACCUGUCACACAGGUCCACAGUCUGCCGUUCGCUCUCACUUUCUUUCUGUGGUGCGUGUGCACCGCCCCUCUGGCAGGGUGGCACUCUCUGGUGAGAUGGUUCAGGUGGGCGUCCUGAGAACCCGGGACCGCCACGCCAAUGUGAGGUGUUCCUACCAAGCAUGUUCAUCUUCCGGUCUUUAUGGGGUUUGGUUCAGAGGGAGAAGGGGAGUGGAAAGGACUUGGAGAUUUUUGUCUGCUUAGUUCCCCAAGUAAUCUCAUGAAUGCCUCUGACUCCCAGGAAGAUGGGCAGGGUAGGCUUGAAGGGAGAACGGUGGGUUUUGUGGCUAAGAAAGACCUCCCCACCUGUCUUCCUCCUAAAAAAAAAAAAAAAUCCCUGACUCCUUGGGGGAAAAUCUUGUCCCUGGCUACAAAUCCCAUUCCUCCUGCUCGCAUUUGCAAACAGCAAGGCUGGCCAGGUUCACUGUUCCUGCAUCUCCCUCUGGGGCAGAGGCCUGUGAAGGGUUAAGUGAGCCACACCCUCAGCAGAAACAGCUUCGGACUUUGUGCUGAGCUGAGCAGCCUCUCGGCCUCUGCUCUCCUGCUGUGGCCAGCACAGGGGCCUGGGCUGGAGGAGGCAGCACAGAAGAAGGUCAGAGGAGUGGACACCAGCAAGAGGAAAGCCAGCUCGACACCAUGGACAGCUCCUGCUAACUCGGCCACCUCUCCACCUGGGGGCCUGGAACGCCAGUGCUCCCUUCCUGCCACACUGGGUCUCCAGGGGAAACUGAAGUUACAGCCUAGGUCCAGCAUUGGGUGAGUCUCGUCUUGACCUGUCUCUUCCUCUCUCACACCUUAAGGUGCCCGUAUGGGGCUCCUUUUCUCCUUCCCUACCCCUAUGCAGCCACAUUCCCACUUCCCUCAACUCCAAACCCAAAGAAGAACCUCCUCCAGCCCACCUUCUGCUUCUCGCUCUUCCUUGCCCAGUUUCCUAAUGUCUUAGUCUUUUCUCUUUUCAUCUGGGAAAUAUGAGAGACUAACAGUGCCUCCUUUAUGGGGAUAUCAUGAGCAUCAGAUGAACCCAUAGGUGCACAGUGUCUAGAGCCCUGCUGGCCCUUGGUAAAUGCUGCGUGACUUGAGAGGCUGCUGCUGUCGCUAUUCUCAUUGCUUCCUUAGUUGUGUGCUUCUAGGAAGUGACUGGGACCUGGGGAAAGCAGGAGGAAGGAGACUCCUGCUCACUUCUCACUGCAGCUUCAUGCCCGCCCCACCCAGGUCAGAGGUGUAGGAGGAUGUGUCUGUUCCUGGCUGGGAGUGGCGUUGACCAUUGUACUAAUGAUUCUGCCCUGCACCUGGCCUCCCUGCCUGCUCUGUCCCGCAGGGAAGACUGCAGAGGGCUGGGCUUCCUCUGGGAGGAAGCACCUGCCAUGUGCCUUCUGCGUGGGGACCCUCCCUGUACCGCCAGGCCCACUCCCAUUGCUGGUAAAAGCCUGGGUGUGUCUGGGACAAAGUCUAUGCAAAGCACAAGGGAACGCGGAUAAAAGCUGGAGUCGGGGAAACAGGGACACAGCACUCCUGCCCACCCUGGGAAGACAGUCCAGUCCUGCUUUCAUUUCCUUUAUUUUUAAAAUUAAUUAAUUUGAAAUGCAGAGUUACAGGCUGGGGAGGGGUGGUGCUGGAGUGAGUGAGAGAGAGAGGUCUUCCAUCUUCUGGCUCACAUCCCUCCCCCCCACAAAUGGCUGCAACGGCCAGAGCUGGGCCGAUCCGAAGUCAGGAGCCAGGAGCUUCCUCCCAGUCUCCCACGCAAGUGCAGGGGCCCAAACUGCUUUCCCAGGCCAUAGCAGAGAGCUGGAUCGGAGGUGGAGCAGCUGGGACUUGAAUGGUGCCCUAUGGGAUGCCAGCACUGCAGGUGGCAGCUUAACCCACUACGCCACAGUGCUCCCUUCUCUCUCAUUUUCUGUCUUUCUUGGAGGGCUCCUGUGCCUCCCUGUUUGUUGCCUCAUCCACUCCCCAACUUAAACAUGCAGCUCCCUGUGACAAUGACAGGGGAGGAGAGAUAGUGGGAGAACGUCUGACAUAGGCCUGGACGGGUUGGGUGAUGGUCAGGGGCCUGUGAGAGGCAGGGGCUUGGGAAUGAGCACUGGGAGCAGAGAGUUGGCACUGGCCAGGCCCUUGGUGCAAGGCGAGAGCGCUUCCCCUACCUGGCUGUAGCACAAAGCUUGGCUUAUGCCUUCCUCCCCAGCACUUACUCUGCUCCCCAGGUGCCUUCCUUAGUGGGCAGAGGCAGGUGGUGCUGCCCCAGCCCCACCCCACUCCCACCAAACCCACCCAGGGAGCCGAGGAUUCCACUGCCGGCCUCACAGAGUUUCAGCAAAGCUUGCAAGCACAGGCCAGGCCGGGGACUCCCCAAGGCCAGCGCAGGGAGAGCUCUCUCCCAUCCUCCUGAGUGCUGCCCCUCAGGCAGUCACUGGCCCCCUGGCAUGGAGCAGACACCAGCACACAGCGCCACCCUCCUCCCCCAUUGCUCACAGGGUCUGCAGCCCCUUGGGCCAUGCCUCUGCUGGAAGGUUCCGUGGGGGUGGAGGACCUCGUCCUCCUGGAACCACUGGAGGAAGAGUCCCUGCUCAGGAACCUUCAGCUUCGCUAUGAGCACAAGGAGAUUUAUACCUACAUCGGGAACGUAGUGAUCUCAGUGAAUCCUUACCAGCAGCUGCCCAUCUACGGCCCGGAGUUCAUUGCCAAGUACCAGGACUACACCUUCUAUGAGCUGAAGCCCCACAUCUACGCACUGGCAAAUGUGGCCUACCAGUCUCUGAGGGACCGGGACCGAGACCAGUGUAUUCUCAUCACGGGCGAGAGUGGAGCUGGGAAGACUGAGGCCAGCAAGCUGGUGAUGUCCUAUGUGGCGGCUGUCUGCGGGAAAGGGGAGCAGGUGAACUCUGUAAAGGAGCAGCUGCUGCAGUCGAACCCAGUGCUGGAGGCUUUUGGCAACGCCAAGACGAUUCGCAACAACAACUCCUCGCGGUUUGUGAGUGAGGGGCGUCCGCUGGGGAGGCGAGCACGUGGGGCUGGAGAGGGAGGAAGGCAGUGCAAAGCCCUCCCGAUGGCCGCAGUGGUGGGAGGAAGGCGAGCUGAGGUUUCGUCCCGUCUCUCUCUGCAGGGAAAAUACAUGGACAUUGAGUUUGACUUCAAGGGCUCCCCACUGGGCGGUGUCAUCACCAACUACCUGCUGGAGAAGUCGCGAGUGGUGAGGCAGCUCCAAGGCGAGAGGAACUUCCACAUCUUCUAUCAGCUCCUGGCCGGAGCAGACGCGCAGCUGCUGGAGGCCCUGAAGCUGCAGCGGGACACGAGUGGCUACACCUAUCUGAACCAGGAAGCAUCCAGAGUAGGGGGCAUGGACGACGCCUCCAACUUCAGUGCUGUGCGGAGUGCAAUGACGGUGAUCGGGUUCUCGGAGGAGGAGAUCCGACAGGUGCUCGAAGUGACGGCUCUGGUGCUGAAGCUGGGGAACGUGGAGCUGACAGACGAGUUCCAGGCCAACGGGAUUCCAGCCAGCGGCAUCCGUGAUGGGAGAGGUGUCCGGGAGAUUGGGGAGAUGGUGAGUCUGGAUUCAGCGGCGCUGGAGAGAGCUCUGUGCUCCAGGACCAUGGAAACCAGCAGAGAAAAGGUUACCACAGCCCUGAAUGUCACCCAGGCUCAGUAUGCGCGCGACGCUCUUGCUAAGAACAUCUACAGCCGCCUCUUCAAUUGGAUCGUGAACCGCAUCAACGAGAGCAUCAAGGUGGGCUCCGGGGAGAGGAAGAAGGUCAUGGGGGUGCUGGAUAUCUACGGCUUUGAGAUACUAGAGGAUAAUAGCUUUGAGCAGUUUGUGAUCAACUACUGCAAUGAGAAGCUACAGCAGGUGUUCAUAGAGAUGACCCUGAAAGAGGAGCAGGAGGAAUAUAAGAGAGAGGGCAUCCCGUGGGUGAAGGUGGACUACUUCGACAAUGGCAUCAUCUGCAACCUCAUUGAGCAUAAUCAGCGCGGCAUCCUGGCCAUGCUGGACGAGGAGUGCCUGCGGCCCGGGGUGGUCAGCGACUCCACCUUCCUAGCGAAGCUGAACCAGCUCUUCUGCAACCACAGUCACUACGAGAGCAAAGUCACCCAGAAUGCCCAGCACCAGUAUGACCGCAGCAUGGGCCUCGGCUGCUUCCGCAUCUGCCACUAUGCGGGGAAGGUGACAUACAAUGUAAAUAGCUUCAUUGACAAGAACAAUGACCUACUCUUCCGAGACCUGUCCCAGACCAUGUGGAAGGCACGGCACCCCCUCCUGCGGUCCUUGUUUCCCGAGGGUGACCCCAAGCAAGCGUCUCUGAAACGCCCCCCAACUGCUGGGGCCCAGUUCAAGAGCUCCGUGGCCAUACUCAUGAAGAACCUGUAUUCCAAGAACCCCAACUACAUCAGGUGCAUAAAGCCCAAUGAGCACCAGCAGCGAGGGCGGUUCUCCUCAGAGCUGGUGGCCACCCAGGCUCGGUACCUCGGCCUGAUGGAGAACGUGCGGGUGCGGCGGGCAGGCUACGCCCACCGCCAGGUGUAUGCACACUUCCUGGAAAGGUACCGACUGCUGAGCCAGAGCACCUGGCCUCACUGGAAUGGAGGAGCCCGGGAAGGAGUUGAGAAGGUGCUGGGGGAGCUGAACCUGUCGCCCCAGGAGCUGGCCUAUGGGAAGACCAAGAUCUUCAUCAGAAGCCCCAAGACCCUUUUCUACCUGGAAGAGCAGCGGCGCCUGCGCCUGCAGCAGCUGGCCACGCUCAUACAGAAGACGUACCGGGGCUGGCGCUGCCGCACCCACUACCAGCUCAUGCGCAAGAGUCAGAUCCUCAUCUCCUCUUGGUUUCGGGGCAACAUGCAAAAGAAGCGCUAUGAGAAGUUAAAGGCAUCGACGUUGCUGAUCCAGGCUUUUGUGAGGGGGUGGAAGGCCCGCAAGAAUUAUCGAAAAUAUUUCCGAUCAGGGGCCAGCCUCACCUUGGCCAAUUUCAUCUACAGGAGCAUGACACAGAAAUUCCUCCUGGGGCUGAAGCGCAAUCUGCCGUCCACCAAGGUCCUGGACAGCUGGUGGCCGCCCGCCCCCUACAGGUACUUCCAGCCGGCCAACCAGCAGCUGCAUCAGCUCUUCCACCAGUGGAAGUGCAAGAAGUUCCGGGAUCAGCUGUCCCCUAAGCAGGUGGAGAUGCUGCGGGAGAAGCUGUGUGCCAGCGAGCUGUUCAAGGACAACAAGGCUUCGUACGCCCAGAGCGUCCCCAUUCCAUUCCGCGGCGACUACAUCGGGCUGCAGGGGAACCCCAAGCUGCAGAAGCUGAGGGGCCGGGAGGAGGGGCCGAUUCUGAUGGCAGAGACCGUGAGGAAGGUCAAUCGUGGCAACGGCAAGACUUCUUCUCGGAUUCUCCUCCUGACCAAGGGGCAUUUGAUUCUCACCGACACCAAGCAGUCCCAGGCCAAAAUUGUCAUAGGGCUGGACAGCGUGGCUGCGGUGUCAGUCACCAGCCUCAGGGAUGGGCUCUUCGGCCUGCAUCUGAGCCAGACGUCACCUGUGGGCUCCAAGGGGGACCUGCUGCUAGUCAGCAACCACGUGAUUGAAUUGCUGACAAAACUGUACCUGGCUGUGCUGAAUGCCACGCGGAGCCAGCUCCCAGUCACCGUGACUGAGAACUUCUCAGUGAGAUUCAAGGAGAGCUCUGUGGCUGUGAAGGUCACCCAGGGCCCUGGGGAUGGUGAGAACAACAAGCUGAGCUUCAAGAAGAAGGGGGGUAACUGCCUGGAGGUGACUGUGCAGUGAGCGCCUCCCGCAGGGACCCGGAUCAGCGCCUCCCCUGGCGGGGGAGGGACCCCUGUGUCCAGGGGGCUGAUGUGGAACCCCUCUAUGGGCAGUGGGGCUUGGAGAUGAAAGAGCCCCAAAGGAGGUCCUUUCUUUCCCUGAACCCUGCCCAAGGCAGCUUCCUUCACCCACUAAUAAAACAUGUGACUUCCAAAAGGCUGGGUCCGAGUGGCUGGGUCCCCGACAGCCCUUGCCCUCCCAGGGCUCCCGCUCCUGGAGGUAAUAAGAGUGGAAAAGCAGGGAAAUUUUCCCCAGGCU